CUGUGGGCUGCGUUCGCCAGCCCCGCGCUGCCCGCACGCACGGACGGACGGACGGACGGACGGACGGACGGAGGGCCUGCGGGCGGGACGCGCGGCCAUGCAGCCCCGGGCGCUGUUGUGCGCCCUGGCGCUGCUCUGCUGCCCGGCGCUUGCCGCCGCGCCCCGGCCAGGCUUUCCAAAUAACAGCAGCAUACCAGGCAUCAGAAGUUUUUCCACGUUUUUUUCUCCCAGUGAGCGGGAUGAUCUUAUACCUGUUGAUGGUGAUACUGAAAAUGACUUGGAAGUUGGACCAGGAGCCACCAAUCAGACUGGAUCAUUCCUACGUGGGCAGCGAAUGAUGUCAGUUCAAACAGCAAAAUACCUCACUAGUCCGUGGCUGACACGUUUUGUUCCUUCAGUUUACACUGUAGUGCUUGUGCUGAGUCUUCCUCUGAACAUUACAGCGAUACUUGUGUUUCUGAAAAAGAUGAAAAUUGAAAAGCCAGCUGUAAUAUACAUGCUGAAUUUGGCCCUUGCAGAUGUUCUGUUUGUUAGUGUGCUUCCAUUUAAGAUUGUUUAUCACUUUUCUGGAAAUGACUGGGUUUUUGGGCCUCAGAUGUGCCGUUUCAUCACUGCUGCCUUCUUUUGCAACAUGUACUGCUCAAUAAUGCUUAUGACGAGUAUAAGCUUUGAUCGCUUCUUAGCAGUGGUGUACCCCAUGCAGUCCCUGGGGUGGCGUACGCUAACUCGUGCCUCACUGGUUUGUUUCAUCAUAUGGCUUGUAGCGAUAACCGGGGUUAUACCUUUUCUCCUAAGAGAGCAAACAAUGGAAAUACCCAAGUUAAAUAUAACUACUUGCCACGAUGUGCUAAGAGAAUCUGAACUUCACGGCUAUUACCUUCACUUCUUCUCUGUCUUCUCUUCUGUGUUUUUCAUAGUGCCAUUCAUAAUUUCUACUGUUUGUUAUGUGUGCAUCAUUCGCUGUCUUAGUUCUUCUACCAUUGUUGCAAAGCAAAACAAGAAGACACGUGCCUUGCUCUUGUGUGUGGCUGUCUUUUCUGUUUUCGUUAUUUGCUUUGGACCAACAAAUGUUCUCCUCUUAAUUCAUUAUAUCCAUUUUUCAUAUGACAACAGCUUAGAGUAUCUCUACUUUGCCUAUUUACUCUGUGUCUCUAUCAGCAGCAUUAGCUGCUGCAUUGACCCCUUUAUUUACUACUAUGCUUCUUCUCAGUAUCAGAGACAAUUUUUCAGUCUCUUCAAUUGUAAAAAGACUUUUGAUCCUAACAGUAGUAACAGCAGUGGCCAGUUGAUGUCUACCACUAGUAGUAGAAGGGCUACGUUGACUACUAAUGUGAAUAACAGUGUCUACAGGAAAUUACUAGCAAUGCAUUGAGAUAACGUGUCUGAUACAUGUUUAAUUUUUACACAAUUGCAGACAAAAAGAAGACUCUUAUAGCCAAGAAAUGCAAAACCUUUAACCAGGUUGUUGUAUGAUACAUAGCUUCAUGGAUCUGUUAUAGUAAUGCACAAUUCAAAUUAAAAUUCUGUUUGUGCGUGUGCAUAUAGGUAUAUAUAUAUAUGUAUAGUAUAUGUAAAUAGGUUAAUGUAGAGGGGAAAAAUAAUUUCUAAUAGUUGUUGAGUGUUUUUCAAAUAAACUUUUUUCAGACAAA